UUAUAACUUGCAUCUUCUUCGCUCUGCAAUCUGUACAUCAUCUUCAUAAUCACGUUAUUCACCAUAAUGAGUGGUAGGUCUAUGCAUUCUGUUUUGGUUGGGCUUGUGUGCCUAGCCAUUGUCUCUGCUAUUUGUUGUUCUAGUGUUGGAAGCUCCAACAACAUUAUGUGCUUGGAGACUGAAAGGCAUGCUCUUCUCCAGUUCAAACAAGGCCUUGUGGAUGAGUCCAAUGCUCUUGCCUCUUGGGAAAACAAGAAAGAUUGCUGCAAGUGGAGAGGAAUAGCGUGCAACAACCAAACAGGUCAUGUCACCAGACUUGAUUUCUCCGUUAGAUAUUUCAAUUAUACAGAAGUUCCUUUAAGAGGUGAAAUUAGUCUUUCACUACUUGAAUUGCGAUAUCUAAAUUACUUGGACCUCAGUUCUAAUGAUUUUGGAGGAAUGAUCAUUCCUAAGUUCAUUGGCUCUCUGAGUCAAUUGAAAGAGCUCAAACUUGCAUAUGCUAAUUUCAGUGGACCUGUUCCUCCCCAACUUGGAAGCCUCUCUAAUUUGCACACUCUUGAUCUUUCCGAGAACUAUGAUGUUCAUUCAGAAAAUCUUGAGUGGUUAUCUCAUCUUUCUUCCUUGAGAUACCUGAACAUGUCAUAUAUAGAUUUGUCGAAGGUUGUGAAUUUGCCACAAUCUUUAAGCAAGCUCACUUCACUUACAGAGCUCAGGUUAUUACAGUGUCACCUUCAUGAUGUCAAUCUAAGAUCACUUUCCUUUAUUAAUUCUUCCACCUCUCUUCAACUCCUUGACGUCUCUCGUAACUCUCUUAAUUCUUCAAUAUUUUAUUGGAUAGCCAAUGUCAGCAGCAACUUUGUCCAUAUUGAUCUCUGGGACAACAAUCUUGAAGGUCCCAUCCCAGAUGUCUUCACAAGCAUGCUUUCUCUAGUAACACUAGAUCUCUCUUCCAAUCAACUUGAAGGUGGGAUACCAAAAGGCUUUCAAAACUUAUGCAGCUUAGAGUCUUUGGGAUUAGCUGGAAACCAAUUGUCUGAAAACAUUGAGGACUCUGUUAAAACCUUGUCUUGUGCUGAGAACACACUUGAGAACUUGUACUUGAGUGAUAACCAGUUUUGGGGGUCGUUGCCAGAUUUGGCACGUUUUUCAAAGUUAAGAGUGUUAGAUCUUAGCAGGAAUCAACUAAAUGGGUCUGUACCCGAGAGUGUCGGGCAACUCUCUAGCCUUGAAACAUUAUCUCUCUCCGGGAAUUCUUUGAGUGGUGUCAUAACAGAAGCCCACUUUUUGAACCUCUCUCGUUUACAGAUUUUGUUUCUUUAUGGUAAUCGUUUCUCUAUCAACCUGAGCUCUGAUUGGAGGCCACCAUUUCAACUUGAUUUAUUAGACGUGUCCUCUUGCAAGGUGGGCCCAGCUUUUCCCAAGUGGAUUCUAACGCAGACAAAUCUUACUCGGCUUGAUCUCUCUAAUGCUGGACUAUCAGGAUCAUUACCUAUCAAGGUUUGGGAUCUAUUUUCUGGCUUGGAUGGCUUAGAUCUCUCUAUGAACCAAAUCCAUGGGAAACUACCGAAUCUGUCAUCGACAAGCUUGCUUUCUCUCGACUUGUCUUCUAAUCUAUUUUCUGGCGCAUUGCCAUCAUUUUCUCCUAUGCUACAAAACCUGUAUCUCUCGAAUAAUAGGUUUUCAGGACCUUUGUCUUCCUUGUGUGCAACGCAGGCUCCAAAUUUGCGGGUUCUUGACAUUUCUAAGAACCUAUUGUCUGGGGAGCUUCCUAAUUGUUGGAUGCAAUUUCAAAAUUUGAUUUCGUUGAAUUUGGGAAAGAAUAAAUUAUCUGGAAAAAUACCAAGCUCGUUAGAGAACUGUACCAGAUUAUCGAUAGUUGACCUUGGCAACAAUAACCUGUCAGGAAAGAUACCAACAUGGAUUGGCCAAAGCCUACCAAACUUGGUGAUUCUACGCUUACGGUCCAAUGAGUUCAAUGGAAUCAUACCCUUCUCACUGUGCAAUCUAGCCACCAUUUAUGUCUUGGACCUCUCUCACAACAAUAUUUCAGGAGGCUUGCCACAUUGCUUCAAUAACAUAACCGCAUUGGCUGAUGAUACUAGAGCUUAUGGUUUUAUUGUGGAACUUGUGUGGAAAGGAAUAGAAAUUGAGUUUCCCAAUAUUACAGGUUUGAGAAGCAUUGACAUUUCAAGCAACUAUUUGAUUGGGGAAAUUCCGCCAAGUAUAGCAAGUAUGACAGGGUUGAAAUCUCUGAACCUGUCUAGAAACAAAUUGACGGGAAAGCUUCCUGAAGACUUUGGUAACAUGAAGAUGUUGGAAUCUCUUGAUUUGUCAGGAAACCAGAUAUCUGGUAAAAUUCCUACGAGUUUUGCGAGCUUAAACUUUCUUAGUGUCUUGGACUUAUCACACAACAACUUGUCAGGAAGAAUUCCAUCAGGCACCCAACUUCAGGGUUUUAAUGCUUCUCAAUAUAUGGGAAAUCAUGGACUUUGUGGACCACCGCUGACACCAAAUUGCUCACCAGAUGGAGCAACUCAAGCUGAUGAUAACAAAGAACAUGAUAAUGAUGGUCUCAUAAGCCUGGGAUUUUUUAUCAGUGCUGUGCUGGGAUUCGUCACUGGAUUUUGGAUGGUCUGCGGCAGUUUACUGUUUAAGACUUCUUAUAGAUAUGCUUAUUUCAGAUUCCUGGACAAUGCAAAAGAUUGGAUUUAUGUCAAAACCGCCGUGUACAAGGCAAAAGUGCAAAGGAGACUUCAAAGAUAAAUGGAGAUUCUGGCAUUCGAGGAAAUGAGCCUAAUGAUCCCGGAAGUGGAAAGAUUCAAGGCUUAAUGUUGAAGGUUUUCAGAUGUCGUUGCUUUCUCUUUCAGCAAGAAAUAAUUAUUAUGCUUUUAUCUCUUGAGAAAUGUGUGUGAAUAAUGGAUUGUAUGUAGUAUGAGCUGGUAUCACUUUUAUUCCAUCUUUCUGGCUGUAAUUUAAACCUAGCUUUCUCGAUUGAUUUCAAAAUAAUUACCUGCAAUUAUAUAUUGUUCCAUUCCAGAGCAUUUCAAUUAAUCUGAUCUAUUCCAAUCAAA